AUUUAGUUCGAGGCAACGAUUACGAAGGAAGAGGUACAACUUUUCAAUUGAACCGGGUGGACAUCGACAGUAGCUCCGGGUGCACGUGAGGGGUAGACGGGGAUGUGACCGCCUCGGGUGAGUACAUUUCUUCUACGGGUUCGUCACCUCCAUAGGGCAAUUCGUCGGGGUAGAUGGAGUAUGGCAUGAUGAAACCGGCGAAUACAUUCGAACCUGAUUUUCGUCUUGUUUUAUGCGGCGCGAAACUCCGAGGUGGCAGUCGGAUCGAAAAUUCGGCCUCCGUUCGGGGGGUAAGGUCAAUUUGCUGAGAGCUCGCUCCGCGUGCGCGAGAUACGAAUUUCGAGUCCACGCGUCUUCUCCAACGCGUUCCUUUGAGUGCCGAUUGCAAUUGCAAGAUUUGAUCAAAUUUGUCAAAUUUGUCAAAUCAUCUACUUAGGCACUAUUUAUUGCACGAAUGCGUAGGAAGAGCUUUUUAUUUCGAGAUGGUGGAGAGAAUAGAUGGUAAAGUCAUUGAUUGACAUAGACAUUUUCAUAGACCAUAUACUUUUUACGAGAAACCGACAGCAUCAAGGGGAUGUAGCUCACCUGGUAGAGCGCUCGCUUCGCAUGCGAGAGGUACGGAGUUCGAGUCCCCGCAUCUCCACCUUUUACUCGUUUCACCUCAAUUUCCUGUGCAGUUCACUUCUCGAGCGAAGUCUUCCAUUCCUCCCGAAGCAGCACCCUGAAAAUCUUGUUGAUGUUCUGGAUUUCUGACGCUCGACCCAUGUAAUAUGGUUUAGCGUGCGACAUCUCUCCAGGAUAGACAGUUGCUCUCUCUCCGUCUGUUUCUGCUCCUUAGCGUAUAACAUUUCUGUUCCUGCACUGAUUCAGAUUCAGAUUAUUCAGAUUGUAGAACGGAGGUCUUUAUAGGGCGGAACGACGUGCUUCAUGUAGGAUUUAUCAAAGAAUUGGUGCACCGCUAACCUUCUAAGCUUCUUGCAGGAAGAAUCGCUGAGUUCUUCUCACGGUCUCCGGGAACGAAACUGAGCUACAGCUCAGACCUUGGUGUACCAUCUUUGACUCAGAACAACGGAUAGAUUGAAAGGUGUUCUCCUUCUUGACACGAACUGCUAUCGACUUGGGAGGGAGGGAGGGAGGGAGGGAGCUUGACACAUUCAGGUUCUCAUACAUCAGAUUGCCUUCUGUAAUUAGCUGACGACUGCAUGACAAGGUAGUGUAGGUAAAGUUAGGUUUCAGGAAAAUUCGUCUGUCACGGAGAGAUGAAAGAAAUAUAGCAACUCUUGGAAUCCGGUAAAGUUCUUCAACAUGGAUGGCAAACGCCAAUACAGAACACUCGUUGGGGUGCCCACUAAAGAAAGCACUCGUCUUGCUCGGUCCGUCAUACAGUACAGUCUGAGACCCAGCUUGCCACCCUCCCUCCCCCCAGUUUCACUACCUCCACUCUGGUCUCCGGAGUCUCUUCCAAAAUAUCAAUGGUUCACUCGUCAUCCUAUAGUCGGGUACCCGCACUUGCAAAUUCCGAAACGGGAGUUUCUGGAGAAAAAGAGGCUGCUGCAUCAGAAGAAAAAAAUCAAAUCCUUCAUUAGGGCUGAGCGAAGAGUCCCUCGUCAGAAGAUCAGGCAAUACGUCAUAAAUGAAUACCUCCAAGAGUACCAGAUUCCAACCAGGAAAAAAGGCUUCACGAACAGGAAACUCCAGAAAGACUUACUGAAACCAUGGUUCAAAGACGAUCACAGAUGGCUAACUCACCAGGUAAAGCACUCUCGAUACAUUAUGGGCAGGGUAGACGACCCGACAGAGGCUGAACAGGGUCUGCACGACUCGAGACUGGGUGCCGAUGGCAUCCGAGCUGCCUCCUCCAUGUGGAAGCAAUGGUGUUUCUACCGGAAUUUCCUGGCUGUGCAGAGAGCUCGACCCGGGUACAAGGGACUGGACUCCAUGACGAUAACCUACAGGCUGCCAUGGGAAGACAGACACUGCUGCUGGCCAUAUAUCAAGGAAAGGCACGGCUGGCCAUGGGCUGCGCUCAUUCCCCAGGGACCGUAUGGCUGGUCUCCAUUCUGGUGGGAGUUCCGCCAAUUUGGCGACCUUCCUCUUUACUGCGCCAAGAAGCCCACGAAACCGCCAGAAGGACUCUUCAAGACUCAGAUCGGCCCUUGUAAAUCAAGAGGUGGCCCUGGAUUCGAUGCGGCUGGCUGCGACUACGCAUUGCAAGACGCAUAUCAUUGCAAUUAAUUUAUUAAUCGUCUGCACUGCCAGAAAAUGUAUUCUCGUGUUUGACUUCCGGGGACAUUCUUCUUCCCCUCGUGCUUGAAACGGGAUUUUCCGUUUUCUAGCUUCGGGAGCCUCCACCCUUCGCAUUUGACAACAGCGGGAACGAGAAUUUUACAUCACUCCAUGGGGAGCGAUUCGCUCUCAUCGGAGGGAAAUCUCUAAACUUCAAUCCGCCAACCGUUUUAGACACAAGGCACCAAAUAUCUUUUUGCAAGUAUGUAGAAAAUACAUGUAAAAUACAUGUUGAAAUUAAAAUAUUGAUGCGCAAGGACUUCGCA